AUGAUGAGAACGUGGGUGAGACAAAUGCGAGGUCGUAAGAAAGCCGAACAGAAGAAUGCAGAUCUCGAAAAUGUACGUCGUGUUUUUGAGCCGAUUUCUCAUGUUGAUGAGGUGAAGGAGAAGGAACCACUCCACAAACGACUUCUCUACAUGUCAGUCAACGAAACUAGUUUACCCUUUUAUUUAUGGACUACUGUAGUCUUCGUUGGAUGUUUUUACAAUCUCGUCACAAUCGUAAUCAUAGUGUUUGAAGAAGUUCGCAGGAAUUUUUAUGACUCCUGGAUUAGAUAUAACAUUGUGUUCGAUUUGAUAUUUUUUUGUGACCUGCUCGUUUUGACGAGAAGACACGCAACAAUCGAUGACUGGAUAUUUUCAUACGACAAAAUUCCGGACCCGAUUCUCAUUCAGUGUGGUGUCGAUGAUGCGUACAAUAUGACUGGGGAGAGAUGUCAAAUGGAUCUUAUACCUCCACUACGCUUCUAUGAGGAACAUGAUAAUAUGACGGAAGAAGUGGACCUGGCAAUGAUGUACUGGGGGAACAGAUCGCAAGCAAUCCCGUUCACCAAGUUUGUCAAACAGUAUGCAUUAAGCUUCUACUGGUCUGCCUUGACCCUCGUCACGCUUGGAGAGCAGCCAUCUCCAAACAACACUUUUCAAAAUAUGUUCGAAAUUUGUGACACUUUACUUGGCUUGGUCCUAUUUGCAGUGAUUGUUGGUGAUGUUGGUAACAUGGUAACCACAAUGAACAUGAAACGAUCCGAUUUUGAGGAAGUGUUGGAUGGUUGCAAGAGUUAUAUGAUUUACAGGAAAGUGCACCGUCUCCUGCAAAGAAAAGCUGUGGAAUACUUCUCGUAUACAUGGGCUCAUGGCGGAGGGCAAGUGGAUGAAGAGGAAAUCGAAGAAUAUUUGCCUCCCAGACUGUAUGGACAGUUAGCGGUACACAUUCAUAUGGAAACUCUCAGAAGAGUAAAACUGUUCGAAGACUGCGAGCCGAAUCUGCUCUAUGAGUUGAUUCUAAAGCUGGAACUGCGAGUCUAUUCACCUAUGGAUUAUGUUUGCAAGAAAGGCGAUGUGGGCACAGAGAUGUACAUUGUCAAGGAAGGCGCUGUUGAAGUGGUCAAUGAAGAUGGUACAAAGGUAUUCGUUCGACUGGGCGAAGGCACUGUAUUUGGCGAAUUAUCUAUUUUGAACAUUCCUGGUAACAAAAAUGGAAAUCGUCGUACAGCAAACGUACGAUCAGUUGGCUAUUCGGAUCUCUAUGUACUCAGCAAGGACGAUCUUUGGGCUGCUCUUAGAGAAUAUCCGGAAGCGAAAUAUUCACUCAUGGAAAAAGGAAGAAAUAUCUUGGCAAAAGACAAUUUGUUGGAAGAAACGGCUGAUGAAGAAGAACUCGAUCAAGAUGCUCCUGUCGAAGAACAGCUAGCUUAUGCUGCUAAAGUAAUCAAAGAGCUAGAGGCACAAUUGGAUGAGGCUGAAAGGAAGUUCUGGAGUUCAUCAGCCAAAGCGAAGAAAAAUCUAUAUAAAUUAGAGCAAGAAAUGGAUCAAGAGCUCAAGUGGAUGGAAAACGAGGGAUACAGAGCUGGUCGUCCAAGAGCAGCUUCAUUGAGAUAA